GUCGCAUUGUUGUUUCGUCGCGUGUGAAAACUGCUGAGUGUAUGAAAAGUGUGCAAAUUGAGAGAAAAAACUCCUGCAAUUAGUUGGAAGUUCUUUGCUCGCAGAAUGAAAUUCCGAGCACAGAUGCAGGAUCCGCUGUACAUGCGCGAGUUCCAGGCCAUUGUGGCCACAUUGGCAAAACUGGCGAAGGAUUGCGUGAUGAUCCUGGGCGCUCGGCAGAUGCACUUAAUCGUGAACGAGGAUCAGAGCUCCGCUGCAUCACCCUUGGUCUGGGCUAGUAUUGCGGCCGAGGAGUAUUUUCCGGAAUACCGUAUGGAGGCUGCCCGCCCGGAUCAAGACUACAUAGUUCUGAGCAUGUCCUCGGCUAACUUAGGGAGAGCCUUUUCUGUGCUCCGAAGUUCAGGCGUCAACAGCUGCAAACUGAAGCUGCAGAGGAUUCAGUUUCCCUGCAUUUCCGUAGUAGCCUCUGUGCUCUUGGCUUCUUCCACAGAAGCCCGGGAAGUGGUACACGAUGUUCCAGUAACUAUAAUCCCGGCCAGCGAUUGGUCGGCCUAUGUCGUCCCACGGAUACCCAACUCGCAACUAGCUUUGAGUUUGCCAAGCUUAAAAUUGCUAAGAAGUCUCAUUGAUAAACUGAAAAAUGUAUCACCUAGUCUCGAGUUCCUGGCCAGCUCUGAGGGAGAACUCAAUGUUAUAGCCACCUCUGAGAUGUCCACUGUGACCAGUCGCUUCCAGAAAUUGCUGAUAAGGGCUACGCCCGAAUCACAGCAGGAGGCCUCCUGCUCUUGCUCCGUGGAUUCGCGAAAAGCCUCCGCCUUUUUUGGGGCACUGCAACUCCCCAACGAUGAACUGACCAUUGGGAUAGAUCGGGAGCAUUCCAUCCAUCUGCAAAUCGAUGUGCGUCAGGAUGUCGUUCUCCAUUCCCUUCUCCCGGCUGUUUGUAUGUAGUUAAGAGCAGAUUCGAAUUGCGUUUAUUAAUAAAGAGGCAUCCUAAGUUUUA